UGAAUCAAUCAUUCCUUUUUUUGUAUUAUGAAUGUUUAGAUUGGCGAAUUAUUUUGUUAAAACGUAAUGGAACUUCGAAAAAAAUUACAUCGUACUGAUCAAAUUUUAAUGGUCAUCAUUUUGGUUGGAUUUUUACUUACGGCUUAUGCAUUUUAUAUUGAAUUGAAACAUGAAUAUAAUCAUUCCUAUCAAGCAUUAUGUGAUGUGAAUCCGAUCAUCAGUUGUACAAAAGUUUUGACAACUAAAUGGAGUAAAGGUUUUGGCAUUCUACCCGAACCAUUAGCCUUUCGAAAUCCGAUAUUUGGUUUUGGAUUCUAUACUCUAUUUUUAUUAAUGAUUGCAGCAUUUAAACCAAAUACAAAGAUUUGUAAAUCAUUGAUAAUAUUGGCAAUUCUAUCGAAUUUGGCUACAAUUUAUCUCGCCAUUUUGAUGAUAUACAUCAUUGAAUUUUAUUGUUUAGUAUGCAUCUUUACAUAUGUUGUUAAUUUUCUUUUACUUAUCUAUUCUAUUGUUCGUUAUCGAAUUGUCAAACAAUUACAAUCAAAAUCUAAAUUGCGAUAAACUUUUCAAAUAAAA